GAAACAUCCUUGUCUAUAAUACAGUAUCCUGCAUGCUUACCAGCAUAUUAAGGGGAAUUAUAUUAAUUCUCAAAAAAAAAUAUCACUCUUCAGGUUUUGGUUAACAUUCCUUACUUCAAAAGUAAGAGCAUAUUUAAAGGAGGAAAGAUCAAGCUAGCUAUUCAAUGUGACUCUAAUCAAAUCUCCUGCUUUAAUUCAUUCUUCUAGUGAAAGAAAAAUAGAAGAGGGAUUAAAAUGCCACCAGGAGAUGAUGAAUCACAGAUUUCAAGCCUCAAGAAGCAACUUGAAGCCUCUUUUGCUAGGAGUUCUUCACUGGAGAAAGAAAAUCAUGAGCUCAGACAAGAAGUAGCCCGUCUUAAAGCACAGAUAAACUCUCUGAAAGCACACGACAAUGAGAGGAAAUCGUUGCUCUGGAAGAAGUUGCAGAAUUCCAUGGACGGUUCGAAUACAGAUCAUGCAUCUCAAUACAAGCAAUACAAUCUUGAUGAUGAAACAACUUUCUGUCCAAAGCCGAAUUUUCAAGAAUUACAAGGUGGGAAAGAUAGAUCAAUGAAUGUACCAAAACCGCCGCCAAGGCCUACACCUGCUGCUAUUUCCCAUUCACUGAAGCAAGUCAAUCAAAAUCAAAUUAAAGUGCCAUCAAUGCCAAUGCCAGCACCAGCACCACCACCGCCUCCAUUGCCAUCUAAACUGUUAAGUGGGGCUAAAUCAGUGCGGCGUGUGCCAGAAAUUGUGGAGUUGUAUCGUUCACUUACAAAGAAAGAUGCCCAGAUGGACAACAGAACCAAUGCUUCAGCAACUCCUGUAAUGGCUUUCAAUAAGAACAUGAUUGGAGAGAUUGAGAACCGCUCAAGCUAUCUUUCAGCUAUAAAAUCUGAUGUCAAAAAACAAAAGGAGUUCAUAAAUUUCUUGAUCAAAGAGGUGGAAUCAGCCAGUUUUUCAGAGAUAUCAGAUGUGGAGACAUUUGUUAAAUGGCUAGAUGGGGAGCUAUCAUCCUUGGUUGAUGAAAGGGCAGUGUUAAAGCACUUCCCACAGUGGCCAGAGCGAAAAGCAGAUGCUUUAAGAGAAGCUGCUUUCAAUUACAGGGACUUGAAGAACCUUGAAACUGAGGUUUCAUCAUUCGAGGACAACCGCAAAGAGUCUUUGACUCAGGCAACAAGAAGGAUGCAAGCAUUGCAAGACAGGUUGGAGCAAAGUGUUAACAACACAGAAAGAAUGAGAGAAAGCAGCAGUAAAAGAUACCGGGAUUUUCAGAUCCCAUGGGAAUGGAUGUUUGAUACAGGACUCAUUGGCCAGAUGAAACUAAGUUCACUGAGGCUUGCAAAGGAAUAUAUGAAGAGAAUAAGCAAGGAGCUGAAGUCCAUUAACGAAUAUUCGCAAGAACAGAGUCUGAUGCUUCAAGGAGUUCGAUUUGCCUACAAAAUACACCAGUUUGCAGGUGGGUUUGACACAGAGACCAUAAAUGCAUUUGAAGAGCUGAAGAAAGUUGGUAUGCGUAGUCAUCAUCAUCAUCAUCAUAAUAAUAAUAAUAAUGUAUAAUUAGGUAACUAAACAGCCAGUUAUGUAUUAUAUUGCAAAUUAAGGCACUGGACUGGCAAGAGAAUGUACUUUACGUUUAGCUUAACAAAACCGUUUGAUUUUAGCAGACACAAUUAUGAGGGAUUUUCAGUUUCAAUUACAAGCUAUAACGAUUAAUACCC